AGAGGUAAACCAGAUUUACAGGUAAAAGGGCAAAGAGUGGCAGUCAGCAAGUGAAAGAAAGUGUUGCGGAAAGCAGAAAUAAAAGGCACAAUAUAGUCCAGCAGUUAUUUCAGGAAAAAUGGAAGAAACAGCAGAUGUGGACAUUGAAACAUUAAUUAAUGAAAUGGAUUACCUCCCUGGACAUUUCCACUUAGACCUGAACCUUAACUGUGAGUCUACCACACCAGCACUUCUGAGGAGAAGGGACACCAAGUUAAAAAGAGACAGCCUACAGUUUGAAUUAGAAUUUGAGACUGGUUCCCAGCAAUAUGCUGUCAGGAAUCUCUUAGGGGUCUUUGCAUUUCACCUAGAUGAUUUUGAGGAAGCAGAAGAGAUUUUCCUGAAUAUCAGUAAGGAGGCACCUGGUAACCUAAAUGCUUGGGCUAACUUGGCCUAUGUAUAUGAUAGACUUAAUAAGGAUCAGGAAGGAUCCCACUGUGCAGAGAAACUGUCAAGUUUGAUGGGUCUGGGAUCAUUGGCGGUAUCUGAACGGGACGCCAGGCUCCAGGCAGCUCAGUGCAUGGUCGAGCAUGGCUACGCUUUUGCAUUCGAUGUUGGACUUGUAAGUGAUGAUGAGAAGAUUGAAAAGUUGUCUACUGGCAUUAAACUCUACAAUAAAGCAAUUGCGCAUGGGAAGCAAGAGAUCCCUAUUGAGGAGAAAAGAAGCUGGUAUUUUACAGUGGUUACCAUGUAUAUCAGGCUUGAUGGACUCAUGCUUAACAAUGGGGUUUCUGAAGCUGAGAGAUUGUCAUCCUUUAACCAAGCAUUAGUCCUCCUCCGUGAAGUUCUGAAAUCCACAAACUCUGGCUAUAGAGCCCUGGCAUGGUGUUAUGUAGGCAUGAUGCUUGAAAGGUCAGACAGCUUCACUACUACCCCAAUGGCAGUACAUGACUGUGGUUUCUCUGCAACGGAACCUCUGGACUGUUAUGGAAAGGCAAUUGAUGCAGCCAAGGAUGAUCCUCUAAUCCUAAACCGGUUGGCAAAAAUCUUUCAUUUCCUGGGAAAGCAAGAUAUGGCUAUUGGAGUCUGCAACAUGGCCCUAGACAAUCUACCAGAUCCAGAGCUCAACUGGCAAGCAUACUCCACACGGGCAAAGAUUAACAUGAAAAUGUAUAUAAGAGAUCUGGAACGUGCCAAAAUGCAGUUAGUUGGAAUGCCAGACAGGAAACAUUUGACAAAUGCCAAAGAAGAUAUGGAGUGUAUCCUGCAUGCAUGUCCCUGCUUGAAAACCUAUCUGGAUAUUGGACAGGUCUACUACUACAUGGGUGUUGAUGCAAUGGAGGAACUUCUACUAGUGGAUGAAAGCGCCCUCAACACUGCUUUAGUGCAUUUUGCUACAGCUAUGGAGUAUGAUCUUGGAGACAUGCUUCCAGAAAUACACCUCCUCAGAGGUAAAUGUCUUCGGGUAAAGGGAGAGGAACCUAAUGCAGCUGAAUGUUUUAAAAAGUCCAUUGAACUGGAUGAUGUUGGCUCUUCUCAUACUGAGAGCUUCCGGUGCCUAAUAGAAACUCUUCUUGCUCUUUUCAAUCAGAGGAAGGCUGAUGCAGAGACUGUUAUCCAGGAGGUGGAACUGUGGGUAAAAAAGGCUGAGGAAAAGUACAACAAGGACCGUGUUAGACAAGAGCUUAAGAUGGUUUGUCGAAAUCACACUGCAGAUAUCACUGAGCUCUCAAAGGCCAUGAUUAAGUCUGGGAGAGUAGAACUGGUGAAGCUCUUGUUUGACAUGAUGCAAACUGACUUUAGCAAGAAACUAGCAGCAGGACGAACUGCAUCCUUACUCCCAGAAGUUGACUUUAGUAGACAAAAGCUCACAGGACGUUCUUCAUCAAUGUGACAUGUAAUGUCACUGGAACAUGGCACACAUACUCACAAUUUUUAUAAUCACUGCAGUUGCAUCUCUGUAAAUGUUUCACACUAGGAAGGCAUUCAGAAAGAUUUUCCUUGAUGAAACACAUCAUGGAGAGCAAAUGUAUGCUAACUGCUAGAGCUCUUCAAAUAAAUCUAAAUUAAUAUUUCAAGCUGGUACCAAAGGCAACAUCCGAUAUUCCAAUCCUCACACAAAACAGUGUUAAUGUAGUGAGAGAAACAAAAACUAUUAAAAUGCACUCCACUGUGCCUGAAAAGUUAAGGCAUGCCCACACAUAAUCUUAAAGUUCUAUCCUUGUUUGUCGUUUUAGAAAGAAAUAAUGAAUAGUUGUGAUUGGAUGGCAAAUUAUAAGACUGACAGAGAAAAUGUAAGAACACAAACACAUCAUCAAACACAAAUAAAGUGUUCAUGGUAAUUGCUAGGCCGCUAACAUUUUUAUGCCAGUAAACACUUGUGUUUAAUGUGAAUAUAUUUAAUUAUCACUGACAUAAUUUCCAUAAUUGUGAAUGAUUAUCAAAAGAUUUGAAUGGGACCUGAAAUUUUAUCUUAUUUUUCCUAUACACGAAAAGUAAGUAACCAAACAUAUCCUUAACUACUUUUUUUUCUGCUAAUUCAAUAUAUUAUCAGUCAGUUCUGGCUACAGCAAAUACUGCUACACUACUACAUGAAAUAUUUCUGCCUAAAGGCAGCAAUUUGUCCAAAAACUGUGGGGAACAGAAGAAUGGUUACCACAGGGCAAGUCUGCCCCUCUAUAAAACAUGAAACAAGCUCUGCUUUGAGUGACUACGUAAAUGAUGAAAGGAACACACUCUCCCUUUGUACACAGUAUACUGGAAAAAAAUGUCAAAAUGAACCUGAACAGUGCAUGACUUUUUUGGUAUGGCUUCGGAUUUUAUUAAAAAUACCUACCUCAUUAAGUACUUAACUGAUUUUAUUUACUAAUGUGCAACAUGGUACUGAAUAAAUCAUGAAGUACCGAAGUAUCAUGUUUAUCAUUUUCUGAUAACCACGUCUGUUUAACAAAUGAAUAUUCUAAUGCAAGAGUGACUAAUCACAUAUGAAUUAAAAAAUCUAAACAUAAAUGCAUUUUUGAUGUGGUAGCAUAACAAUAACUUUUUAAAUACAGUCAAUAAAAAUGAAUAUACCAUA